AUUCAUAUUUCACCCGAAAACAAAUGCAAUUUGCGGUUAUAUUAAAAAUCCACUAAGCGAAACCAGAAGAUAGAAAAAAGAAAUGGAAAAAAAAAUCUUUUUAUCUAAAAGACUUGCUCUAACCAUGGUCUAUGAUGUCUGGUUUUGUACACAAAAAGGGAGAAAGGAUCACUGAUCAAGGAAAACUCCCACUAUAUCCCUUACCUUAGGAGCUCGAUCUACUGCAAUAAUAUAUAUCUCUUUAGCACGUUCGAUACUUGUGUUAGUUAGCAGUGGGAGCAGUUUUUUGUGGAGAUAAGAGUUAUUUAAGACGAUAGAAAAGAAUCAAAGUUUUGAGACGGCAACUUUGGCUACUUCUGUUAAUCUUAAGAAUCUGGAGGAUUUAUGGUGUGGUAAGACUGUCAUGCUGAAUGUUGCUGCCGUCUGGUGGAGUGGGGAUGAAUUCUGCCAUGGAUGAUAUAAACUUGAUUCAGCAGGCACAGAGGCAUCACUUGGUGGUAAGGGAACUCGGGGAGGAGAUUGAUCUGGAGAUUGGUCAUGGGGAUGAUGACCCUUCAUUUGCUAACACGCCUCUCAUCAGUGGCCCACCGCGUGAACCUUCUGCUGAGGAGCAUGAUGAGGCCAAGAAUCUGAUGGUUUCUCAACUUCCUUCUGAAGAUCAAGAUAUGUCAAAGGCACAACCAGUAAAAAGAAAGAAAAAGGUGGUCAAACGAUGGAGAGAGGAAUGGGCUGAUACUUACAAGUGGGCAUAUGUGGAUGUGAAGGAUGGAACAGCGAGGAUAUUCUGCUCAGUUUGUAGAGAAUAUGGUAGGAAGCAUAGAAGGAACCCAUACGGGAAUGAAGGCAGUAGGAAUAUGCAGAUGAGUGCAUUGGAAGAACACAAUAAUAGUUUGCUUCACAAGGAGGCUCUUCGUCUUCAGAUAGCCUCCAAGGACAAGAUCAUUGUUGAUAAACCCAUUUAUGUAAAAGCUCUCAUGUCAAAAACGGCUGGAUCAAUUGUUGAAGCUGCACUUAAAAGGGAUCCUCAUGAGGCUGAGUUUAUACAAUCAGUGCAAGAAGCUGUCCAUGGUCUAGAAAGAGUAAUUGCAAAGAAUGCUCAUUAUGUCAACAUAAUGGAGCGCUUGUUAGAACCCGAACGCAUGCUUCUUUUCCGAGUUCCUUGGGUGGAUGACAGGGGUGAGACACAUGUCAAUCGAGGGUUUCGAGUACAUUUUAACCAGGCAUUGGGUCCAUGUAGGGGUGGCAUUCGUUUUCAUCCUUCUAUGAAUUUAAGUAUUGCUAAGUUUCUUGGUUUUGAACAGACAUUAAAGAAUGCCUUAUCACCAUACAAAUUGGGAGGAGCUGCAGGAGGAAGUGAUUUUGAUCCAAAAGGAAAAAGUGAUAAUGAGAUUAUGCGCUUUUGUCAAAGUUUCAUGAAUGAGAUCUUUAGGUAUCUGGGUCCUGACAAGGACCUUCCUUCAGAGGAGAUGGGUGUUGGUACUCGAGAAAUGGGAUAUCUCUUUGGGCAGUAUAGACGUCUAGCUGGUCAUUUUCAGGGAAGUUUUACAGGGCCAAGGAUAUUUUGGUCUGGCUCUAGCCUUCGAACUGAAGCUACUGGCUAUGGACUGGUUUUCUUUGCUCAGCUUAUGCUUGCAGACAUGAAUAAGGAACUCAAAGGACUAAGAUGUGUUGUAAGUGGUUCUGGAAAGAUUGCAAUGCAUGUUCUGGAGAAGCUUAUUGCUUAUGGUGCUCUCCCAGUCACUGUAUCAGAUUCUAAGGGAUUUUUAGUGGAUGAUGAAGGAUUUGAUUACAUGAAAAUAUCAUUUCUUCGAGAUAUCAAAGCCCAGCACAGAAGUUUGAGAGAUUACUCAAAGACUUAUGCUCGCUCUAAGUACUAUGAUGAAGCAAAACCUUGGAAUGAAAGGUGUGAUGUUGCAUUUCCUUGUGCUUCCCAAAAUGAAAUUGACCAAUCUGAUGCCAUUAAUCUGGUUAAUUCUGGUUGUCGUAUACUAGUAGAAGGUUCAAAUAUGCCCUGUACACCUGAAGCGGUUGAAGUCCUGAGAAAAGCAAAUGUUCUUAUUGCUCCUGCUAUGGCAGCUGGCGCUGGAGGGGUUGUUGCUGGGGAGCUUGAAUUAAACCAUGAAUGCAACUUGAUGCACUGGUCCCCCGAGGACUUUGAAUCUAAAUUGCAGGAAGCAAUGAAACAGAUAUACCAAAGAGCCCUCAAGGGAGCAAGUGAUUUUGGUUACCAAAAGGAGAGUCCUGAGGCCUUGGUACAUGGAGCUGCCAUAUCUGCCUUUCUGACUAUUGCUCAAGCUAUGACUGAUCAAGGAUGUGUAUAGAAGGUCAAGGAUAAUAUACAAUUGUUUGCAUCCUUUGCUCAAUCAGUAAAGAUCAAAGGACACUCCUUGACAGGAUCUGAAGAUCAUUAUCGGCAUUAUCAUCUGGAUUAUGUUCAUCCGUGAAGAUGCGAAAGAGAAAAAAAAAAAAAAAUUGAAGAUUCUACAGGUCUCUGUAACAUGUGUAAUAUUAACCGGGUUCUAAAAUGGGUAACUGGAGCGGAAUUUAUUGGAGCAGAGUCAAUGUAAAAAGAGGAACAAAAUUGGACAGUUGUAGUGGUAGAAUAGGAAGAGCCUCCUGAAGGGAGUUCUUAUUCUUGGCGCUUGAAAGGCUGUCUAGAUGCCUGAUGCAGUGCUUUAAAAUAUUGGGUUGUUUAUUAUCAGAAAUAAAACUUGAAUAUUCAUUGUGAUUGGCAA